UGCCUGGCACUGAGGGCACAGACACCCGAGCCUAAACUCUGGGCUUCCGGACCGAUACUCGGCACCCGCAGUCACAACCACAGCUCCAUGGGCGCAGACAUCCUGGCAGCGUCACCGGGGCUCCGGGUACCCCUGGGACGCUCCGUGUGGCUGGACCCAGCCCGGAACCUGGUGAUCCGUGUGCAGCCGGGGGACAGGUGCAUGGUAAUGGUACUGGGUAAGGACGGAGGCAGAGUGGCUGCGGUCUCCCCACCGGCGGGCUUGCUCUCCCCAGCCAGCUUUCCGUGCGCCUUCGGCCCAGCGCAAGUUCGCUACACUCACUUUGGCGCCCGCAGCCCAGCACAGCAACAGCUCCGACUGCAGCUGCGCUACGAUUCCCAGAGUCAGACCCUCGUGCUGCCUUUCACAAUGCCCGUGGACGUAGACUUCAGUCAGUCUGAGGUGGUCACCCGCAACCUGCCCUUGACUGUGGAAAAGCUGCGGGGCUUCAGUAACGCCAUUGACCAAACGGUGCUGAACUUCUCCACUGCUUCCUCCCUAAAUGGGGUCCCUCUGACAUGCCGUCUCACCCCACUUCCCCGAGAAACUGGCGCUUUUCCCAGGUAUGGAAGGUUGGUAGGACCCUCAGGUGCCCCGCUGCCCCCAGGGAGGAGAAUGGAUUGUCAGGCGUUCUUGACUGCCGGGGUAUCCUACCAGCACAUGACCAACCCCUCAUCACCCAAUAGGGACUACGUGCCCUUCUUGGUGGAGAUCGUAGGGCCAGAAGAGGAAGGGGACAUUAAACUAUCCAGGAUCCUGGUCCAGGAGCACUUCCAGAUGCUGGUGAAAAUUCAAGAAGGAACAGAGAACUCUCCACCCAGGCCUAGUUUUGGAGCCAUGAUGAUGAUGGAGGUGGAUCAGUUUGUACUGACAGCUCUGACUCUGGAAUCACUAGCAGCUGAGGACUUGGAAUCCAGUCCAGACGACUUGGUCUUUAACAUCCUUAACUUCUCUCCAGCACUUCCUGAGUCCCAUGGGCAGCAAGGCUACUUCAUCAAUACAGAUAAUCCCCUGGGACAACCAAUAACCUCAUUUACUCAACAGGACCUGAGAGAGCUGAAGAUUGCCUAUCAGCCCCCUACUGAUGAUUCCAACCAAGAGCGCCUUUUCCAGCUGGAGUUGGAGGUAGUGGAUGUGGAUGGGGCUGCCUCUGGCCCAUUUGCCUUCAUGGUUGUAGUGAAACCCAUGAACACACUGGCCCCUGUGGCCUCUCGGAACCAAGGACUAUUACUGUUUGAAGGUCAGUCUCGGCCUCUGUCCAGUGCUCAGAGUUUGGAGAUCAGUGAUGAAGACAACCUGGAAGAGGUAAGGGUGACCAUAGUAAAAGGUUUGAGGCAUGGGCAGCUAGUGGUUCUUGGAGCACCUACAGAGCGCAAAUAUUUCACAUCUGCAGACCUGGCUGCAGAGCGAGUGAUUUACCAGCAUGAUGGCAGUGACACCUAUAAUGACAACAUCAUUUUCCGCAUGGGUGAUGGGCAGCAUGAUGUAGAGUUCUUCUUUUCCAUCACAAUUGCCCCUGAAGAUGAUGAGCCCCCAGUUGUCAAUACCAAUACUGGGCUCUCCUUGGCUGAGGGUGAAGUGGUCCAGAUUUCUCACUUUGAACUUAGUGCCACAGACAUUGAUUCUGAAGACUCAACCAUUCGCUUUGUACUAAAGAGGCCAGCCCUAGAGAAUGAAGAGAAAGAAAGAGGGUGGGACUUGGCCCCUACUUCCACCCUUACAAUGCAGCACCUUGGAGAGGUCUUAUUGCGUCAAAGUAAACCCCCAUCACCUUUGAUGGGCAAAGGAGGGAAAGGCUGGACAUUUGUGGAAAAAAAGGGACUCUAUGAAAAGGUGGUGACUGAGUGGCUACAGCAAGACAUACUAGAUGGGAGGCUCUUUUACCGCCAUCUUGGACCCCACCAUCCUAGCUCCAUGUUAGACCAACUGGUGUUCCAUGUGCAGGAUGACCAUGAUCCACCCAACCAAUCAGGUCAGCACUUCUUCACCAUCAUGGUCCAGCCAGUGGAUGUUCUGAGCCCAAAGUUGUACUCAGGAGUGAGCUUAGAGAUGAUUGUGAAAGGAUACCAGCUGACACCUUUCCAAAAGGAAUUCCUCUGCUAUACUGAUAUGGAUUCUGAUGACUGGCAUUUGCGAUAUAUGAUCUUGACUCCCCCUACAGAUGUAGAUAAUAAUCACCCUGUCCCAGCUGGGGAAAUUGUGCUUAUGGAUGCCCCAACGAUACCUAUUACACAGUUCACCCAGGCCCAGGUGAACCACCAUAAGGUGGCCUAUCAGCCUCCCCAGCAAGAAGUAGGCAUUGUUCCUCGAGUUGUCCAAUUCACAUACCAUGUGGUGGAUUCUGCAGGUAACUCUGUGCCAGGUACUUUCAAUUUGUUCCUGCAGCCUGUGAACAACCAACCUCCAGAAGUUAUUAACAGUGGCUUCACUGUAAAAGAGGGGAAGAACUUUAUCCUGACCAGCAGGGAACUAGGUGUUAUAGACCCAGACACAGAUGCUGACAAAAUUGUGUUCACUUUAGUCCAGGGCCCCCAACAUGGUCAUCUCCUUUACUUAGAAGGAGUGAUGGCCUUAGGGACUUAUUUUAUGAGUGAUGAUAUUGUUAAUGGGCAUGUUUCCUAUCAACAUGGUGGUGGAGAGACCACCAAUGAUGCCUUCCAGUUGGUUGUAAGUGAUAGAGUCCACCAAGUACCCAUUACUGUCCGAGUUACUAUAAAGACUGUUGAGGAUGGGAUCACCAUUCCUGGAGGUGGCUGGGUGGGUACUUCCAUUGAAGUCCUAGAGAACGGUGCCACAAAGAUGACCACAGGUAUAAUCCAGGGUAAAGAUAAGGACACAGAUAUCAUGUUAACCUUCUUGGUAGAGAAGCCUCCAAAGUUGGGCAUUAUACUAGUUAAUGGGUUGCCCACAGAACAGUUCACCCAAGGAGAUCUCAUCAAUGGGGCAGUAGCUUAUGCCCACACUGGGGGUGAGAUUGGCAUGCAGAAACAGCAUGAUUCCUUCAACCUUACAAUAUCUAACCACUCUGAUCUCUGGGUGACUGAGGGCAAAAUAGUGGAGGGUGUACAAGUACAGGUGACUGUGUUACCCAUAGAUAGUGUGCCUCCUGAAAUGAAGGUGGGGGAGCUAUUUAGUGUCCCUGAGGGUGGGAAAAGCACCUUGACACUGAGACAUUUAGAUGCUAAGGAUAUAGACACACCCCAUAAUGAUGUCUUGUGUACUAUCAUUGGCCAGCCCUCAUUUGGUUACCUGGAAAACAUCUCUCCAGCCCCUGGCUCAGAGAAAUCCCAGGCUGGCAGCCCUAUCAGUGCCUUUACCAUCAAGGAUAUAUGUCAAGGGUACAUCAAUUUUGUCCAAAGUAUUCACAAAGGGGUAGAACCAAGGGAGGAUCAGGCCACUUUUCAUUGCUCUGAUGGUAUCAACUUCUCCCCCAACCACAUUUUCCCUAUCAUCAUCCUGCCCACCAAUGAUGAACAACCAGAACUUUUCACCCAUGAGUUUGUGGUGCUGGAAGGAAUGAGUCUAGUUAUAGACACUCCUCUACUCAAUACUGCUGAUGCAGACCUGCCACCAGAUAAGCUACAAUUUCAGAUCACAGUCCUUCCCCAAAAUGGACAAAUUGUGCAGCAAUUGGCCACUGGAAGCCAACCUGUCCAUAGCUUCACCCUGGAGGAGAUUCAAGAGGCCUCCACCAUUGUAUAUGAACAUGAUGACUCAGAGACUACAGAGGACAGUUUUGAGGUUUGGGUGACUGAUGGGAAACACAUGAUCCAUAGGAAGAUACCAAUCACAGUGAUCUUGGUAGAUGAUGAGACCCCAAGGCUAAUCAUCAAUGAUGGACUGGAAGUAGACAUUGGACAGACCAAAGUCAUCACCAACCAGGUCCUAAAGGCCACAGACCUUGACUCAAAUGAUAAGGACCUUGCUUACAUUCUUCGGUCAGGGCCAAGACAAGGACUCCUACAGAAGCUCUUUGAGCCUAGAGGGAGGGUGGGGAGCAACCUUACUUUGGGUAUGAACUUCACACAGUCUGAAAUUGACCAGGGUUUAAUCUGUUAUAGCCACAAAGGACUAGAAGGGAUCCAGGACAUAAUCAGAUUUGAUGUGACUGAUGGAAUUAAUCCCUUGAUAGACAGGUCUUUCUAUGUCACCAUCAGUAGCACAGACAAGGUUUUUCCUGAGGUGAUUAAUAAAGGAGUGACCCUGAAGGAAGGUGCCAGAGUGAUCCUCACCACUGACCUUCUCAGCACUAGUGACAUCAAUAGCCCUGAUGAACAAUUACAUUUCAGCAUCACCAGAGCCCCAACCCGAGGCCACCUGGAAAGUUCUGACCUACCUGAGGAACCUAUCAGUUCUUUUACCCAGCUACAACUGGCUGGCAACAAAAUCUCCUAUGUCCACACUGCAGAAGAUGAGAUAAAGAUGGACAGCUUUGAGUUCAAGGUUUCCGAUGGCCACAAUUCUAUAUUCCGAACCUUUUGUGUCUCUAUCACUGAUGUGGAUAAUAAGAAGCCUAUCUUAACCAUUCACCACUUGUUAGUAUGUGAAGGGGAGAAAAAGCUGAUAACUCCAUUUGAACUGUCAGCUGAGGACCAGGACAGCCCAGAUGGCCUUCUACGCUUUACCAUCACCCACUUCCCCAUCCAUGGGCAAAUUCUGUAUAAUAGCAGCCAGCCCAUCACCAAUUUCACCAAACAAGACCUGAAUGAGAAUUUGAUCAGCUAUCAGCAUGAUGGCACUGAGACCACUGAGGACAGUUUCUCUUUCAUUGUGACAGAUGGCACACAUACAGAUUUCUACAUCUUCCCAGACACAGUCCUGGCAACACACAAGCCCCAGGUGAUGAAAAUCCAGAUUAGCUCCUUGGAUGAUGGAGUACCCCAGAUUGUGGUCAACAAAGGUGCCCCAGCUUUGAGGCUUCUUCAGACUGGCCACUUGGGCUUCCUGAUCACCAGUAAAUCUCUAAAAGCAAAAGAUCAAGACAGUCUUCAUAAACUUCUAAAGUAUACAGUCAUCAGUGGACCAAAACAUGGCAGCCUUAUCCACCUUGGCCUUGGAAACAGAAACAUUAAGAUGUUUACACAAGCUGAUAUUGAUGAGAUGAAGAUUGGCUAUGUCUUGAAAGAGGGCAGCAAUGCAACUAGUGACAUUUUCUAUUUCUCUGUUGAAGAUACUGGAGGAAAUAAGCUAAGGAGUCAAUCUUUCCAUCUAAACUGGGCUUGGAUUUCUCUAGAGAAAGAGCACUACAUCAUUGACGAAGACUCCAAGUUCUUAGAAGUAACCCUCAAGCGCAGAGGAUACCUAGGAGAGACAUCCUUCAUUAAAUCAACAGUUUAUAUUCCAGAGCCAGAAUACAGAAUAGAAGAGAACAUUGGGGAAUUCUUGAUUCCUAUAAGGCGGUCUGGAGAUAUAAGCCAAGAACUCAUGGUAUUUUGCUCUACACAUCAAGGUACUGCUUCAGGCACAAUUCCUUCCACUGUCUUAUCUUACUCUGACUACAUCUCCCGCCCUGAGGACCACACUAGCAUCCUCCUUUUUGAUAAGAACAAAACUGAGGAAACAUGCCGAGUUUUAAUUAUUGAUGAUUCCCUUUAUGAAGAAGAGGAGACCUUCACUGUAAUGCUGAGCAUGCCAAUGGGUGGCCAAGUUGGUAUCAGCUAUCCCAGCACCAAAGUUGUUAUCCUGAAAGAUGUUGAUGAUGAACCUGUUCUGUAUUUUGAGAACACCGAAUAUCAUAUUGAUGAAAGUGCUGGUUCUAUAGAAAUUGGUGUAUGGAGAAAGGGGACUGACCUUUCCAAACCAUCCACAGUCACCAUUCAAACCAGGAAGACAGAGCCAAUGUCAGCAGAAGCUGGCAUGGAUUAUGUUGGUGUGAGCCAAAGCCUCGACUUUGUCCCCGGAGUAAACAUGAAGACUUUCCGUGUGACUAUUCUGGAUGACCUGGGACAACCUGCCUUGGAGGGCCCAGAGAAGUUUGAAUUAGUUCUCCGAAUGCCCAUGGGCUCAGUGAUUGGUGAACCAAGCAAGGCUACCAUUAUCAUCGAUGACACUAUCACAGAUUUACCCAAGGUUCAAUUCAAGAAACCCUCUUACACGGGAAAUGAAAAAGAUGGACAGGUCAGAGCUGUCAUCUACCGCAAUGGAGACAUUAGCCACAGCUCCACAGUACGCUGCUAUACACGCCAGGGUUCUGCCCAGGUGGCUGUGGAUUACAAGGAAAGACCUAAUACAGAUGACUCCAUUGUCACUUUUCUCCCAGGAGAGACAGAGAAAGGCUGUGUGGUGACCUUAGAGAAUGAUUCCAUUUAUGAAGAAGAUGAAGACUUCAGGCUUAUACUUGGCACCCCAAAAAGCAGUUCUGUCUUUGGUGCCUUGGUUGGAGAGCAAAAAGAGGUGCUGAUAAGGGUGAAGGAUGAGGAAGACAAGCCAGUGAUCAAGUUUUCCAAAGUCAAGUACACUGUCCAGGAGCCUCAGCACCCUAGGAAGACUGCUGUGCUACGAAUCCCAGUGGUACGCCUAGGGGACACUUCCAAAGUAUCCAUAGUGAGGAUCCACACAAAGGAUGGCUCUGCAACUUCCGGGGAAGACUACAACCCUGUGUCAGAAGAUAUUGAGUUCAAGGAAGGAGAAGCUAAACAUUUUGUAGAAAUUGAAGUCUUAUAUGAUGGCAUAAAAGAAAUGAGAGAAGCAUUGACAGUUCACCUGAAGCCAGAUGAAAAUAUGGUGGCUGAGAUACAGAUAAAUAAAGCCAUCGUGUACAUUGAAGAAAUGGACAGCCUUGCUGAUGUCACCUUUCCAGCUGUUCCCCAAGUGGUGUCACUCCUCAUGUAUGAUGACACAUCUGCUACCAUAGAGAAAUCCAGUCCCCCAACUGGCUACCCUGUUGUGUGUGUGACGGCCUGCAACCCCAAAUAUUUGGACUAUGACAAGACAGGCUCCAUUUGCACCACAGAAAACAUCAAUGACACUCUGACUCUGUACCGGUGGCUAGUGGGUGCUCCAACCAGCAACAAUGGAGUCACCAGUCUCAUGCAGGAAGUAAACGCCAACACAUUCUUCACCAACACCAAAUCCAUUGCCCUUGACUCUCUCUACUUCCAAGCUGGGUCGAGGGUCCAGUGUGCCGCACGGGCUGUGAGUAUGAGUGGUGAUGUGGGGCUGGAGCUUCUGAGUUCCAUCAUCACGAUCAGCCAAGAUGAUGGCUUCUGUCAGCCAUAUAUGCCUGGAACCGUAGGAGCCAAACCCUUCUCAGCCAAGAUUCACUACACUGGACCAGAUGAUCCUGACUACCCUAACCUGAUCAAGCUCACUGUGAUGAUGCCUCACCUGGAUGGAAUGCUGCCAGUCAUCUCCACUCAGCCUUUGUCCAACUUUGAGCUGACGCUAAGCCCUGAUGCAACUCGAGUGGGCAACCACAAGUGUUCCAACCUUCUGGAUUCCAGUGAGAUCCAGACCAAGCAUGGUUUCAUCACCAACUAUAGCAGGAGAGCAGAUGGAAUCCGUGAGGCACUACCCUACCAGGACGAUACCUCUCUGAGGUCUGCCCAGACCCUGCGCUUUUACCACAACCUGAAUCUUGAUGCCUGCCUCUGGGAAUUCAACAGCUACUAUGACAUGUCCGAACUACUAACAGCCUGCGGUGGCUCUGUUAGCACUGAUGGCCAGGUAUUAAACCUAGUGCAGUCCUACGUCACCCUGCGUGUGCCCCUCUUUGUCUCCUAUGUCUUUCAUUCUCCAGAAGCAACUGGGGGCUGGAAGCAUUUUGACUUACAGUCUGAGCUGAGGCUUACCUUUGUGUAUGACACCUCCAUAUUGUGGAAAGAAGGUAUUGGCAGCCUUCCAGAAUCAGAGCUUCAGGGAACUCUUCAUCCAAUCAGUAUGCGAAUCAAUGAGGAAGGACGGCUGGUGGUUAACUUCCAAACGAAGAUCCACUUCCAAGGACAACUUGUAAUGUCUCACCCAGGAACCGCUCUGUCAUCCAUGGUGAUGUCUGUGGACCAUCCUGGUCUCACCUUCACCCUGAGCCUCCUGAGGAGUGAGCCAACCUUCCACCAGCCAGAGCAGCGGUGGACUUUUGUCUCUGGCUUUGCUAUUCGAGACUACUCGGGGACAUACACUAUCAAGCUUCUCCCAUGUGUGGCUGCCCCACAACAAAAAUAUUCUCUUCCUAUGAUAUGUCACCCCUGGGAGCCGCUCACUUUUGACCUUGUCAUCAGGUUCCAACAGGUCAGCGACCCAGUAGCAACCGAAUUCAGUCUAAAUACUCGAAUGUUCCUCCUCUCCAAAAAGGAGCUCUGGAUAUCCAAUGACUCCAUGGACUUUGGGGAAGGAUCUGAUGUAGCCUUUCCUGAAGGCUCAACGAUCUAUGGUCGAGUUAUGGUGGACCCUGUUCAGAAUCUUGGGGACGCUUUCACUUGUAACAUUGAGCAAGUCUUCCUGUGCACAGGUGUUGAUGGCUACGUACCCAAGUACAGCCCAGAACAUAAAGCCUAUGGAUGUCUGGCUGACUCAUCCUCUCUCCUGUACAGAUUCAAGAUACUGGAUAGAGCUCAGCCAGAGACACAGGCCAGGAGAUUUCAAAACGUGUCAUUCGAUGCUCAUUUAGCCACUGACCAAGUGGAUGCACUUCCUUUGGUGAAACAGCCAGGAUCUGAUGGUUUCAGCCUGUCCUCAGCAGCCCUCUUCCAGGUGGCUGCUAGCAGAGAGUGGUAUCUCCACGCCGUUUAUACUGUCCGGUCGAGAGAAAAUGCAAAGAAAAGUAUUGGGAAGAGGAGCACAGACCACAUGCCUGCCCGGGCCAGGGGCCCCAGCACGGCUCUUUCUCUGAAUCGCAGUCAAAGAGCUGCCUCGGAUGCCCCAACCCUGGCUCAAGACAUCGGUGCAGAUGACAGCAGGGGCACCAACAUUCAGCACGUGGUCCUGGUCCGGUCCGUCGCGGCUGUGUUCAGCCACAAAGACUCUCUGCCACCAGGGACACAAGGCCAGCAGCCAGAGUUAGAAAUGGCAGAGGCGAAGAUGCAGAGUGGUGCUGGGCCCAUAUUAGGGGCAGGAUGUAGCCUGUUGCUGCUGAGCUGCAUCGCCCUAGUUGCUGUGUUUCUCCUGAGACACAGGAAAAGAGGGCCUUUAGGGAAGGAUGCCCCAAGCAACAGGAAAACCCCAACCAGCCAGCACAGCUCUUCAGAGGUUUAGUGUUGGCUUCAGUAGCCAAGUCAGAGGUGCUCCUGCUCUUUACUAGUUCAUGUCGACCACAGAAACUAUCUUCAGAACACAAACUGAAAUUGGGGCUCCUGGCUCAAUGCUGGAAUAGCCUUGUUAUUCUGACAUCCCAAAUCUAUAUAUACUACUUGUGCAUAUGUUAUGUGUAUGCAUUUAUAUGUGUGUGAGUGGAUCUGUGAUGCACCCACACACACACCUAUCUCCAGAGGGUGAGGUGUUACAUUGGUUCCAAGAUUUUAGUUACAAGUGGCUGUCCUGGGAGUAGGUAAGUAGGUAGCAGUGGACAGUGCUGAGCUUCGGGUUCAGAAGGCCUGACUUCAAAUCCUGCCUCCAUCGCUCAUCCUGGGCCAGUUACUUAAUAUUUCUCAGCCUUAGUUCCCUAACCUGUAGAAUAGGCAUAAUAUCACCUGCUUCAUAGCAUGGUUGUAAAGAUAAAACUGUAAUCUCUUUGCCAACCUUUAAGGUCUAAGUGCUGAUAUUAUUAUUAUAAGGUGCUGAUAGAAGACAACAACUGGGGGUGUUCGCCUUGCUUGGUGAUGUGGGUAGGUUUUUUAUACAUUUUAGGAUUCAAGGAGCAUUCAUUGACGGCCUCUUAAAUUCUUGGUACUGGAGAUAAAAAGACAAAAAGUUGUGGCUAUCAAGAAAAUUACUUGCUGGGAGGAGGCAAAGAGGAGAGAGAGAUAGGGCUGAGUAAAAGUGUAAACACAAAAUGUAGAGUAAAUCUGAAGCAAUGUCAAGGGAGAAAGACAUCAGGAAAGAAAUGGGGGAGCAGGCACCUGUACUAUGCUAUAAAGCUAUUCUCCUCUCUCCCACUUCCACCACCCCAUUUUCUCCCCCUUCCCCUCUCUCCCCCUCUCCUCUCUCCAAUCUCUAUCCCCUCUCUCUCUCUCUUCUCUUCCCCUCCUCUCUUCUCUGUCUCUGUCACUCUCUCCCCCAAGUUUAUGUAUAUUUAUCUCCAAUGUUUAGCACAGUGCCUGGCACAUAGCAGGUGAUUAACAUAUUCUUGUGGAUGGAUACAAAUCCAUCUCAUUGCUCCCAGGUAACUCAUCAAGAUUUAAAGUUAUGGUAAGGUGCUCGUCUGCAAUGGGGAAGGGAGUCUUCAUGUUGGGUGAUCCCUACUUUUAUGACAUUCCAGAUCUAGAAAUAUUACUUAUUUACACCAUUCUUAUACUGAGAUCUUUUGUGUUACACAUAGGGCAGAUUUGUAAACAUUUACCAUUGGAAAAAAGGCUAGAAUCACACACACAAUUUACAUAAACACUCAAAUUCCUAAAAUCAAGGAAAGCGAGUAUUUUGGUUUCCAAGAGUGAAAAUACUGUUUUGAAAGAUGAUCUUGUCAAACUUUCAAGAGGAAAUAGUGGUAAUUGAAUCCAAUACAUCAUAUGUUGUACCAAGUAUGAAAAAUGCUCAUUGUAAAAUUCAAAUAAAUACACAAUUCACCUA